GUUUGUGGUUUACAUCACAAGCGCCCCCCUUCGCAGUCACCAACCCCCCUUCACCCAGGAAGAGGAGGACCAGUUGGAGCCAGCAUGCAAAGGCCAAGCAAGCAAGUCUUGCAGGUAGUGUACUGCACUGCCCGUGGACUCUCGCCUGGUGUACGUGCCUCUUUGAUCGCCGUUUGUAAAAUGGCAGCGGGCUGAAUGUCUCUGUCCUCUGCCAUGUGUCUUCUACCUCAAGCCUCUCUCCCACUUGACGUUGCCUUUGACAUCUCGGCUACCCAUCUACCUGCCCUCCCCAAGACUCGGCCCCCUUCCUUCACGCCAUCGUAUCCCCUGCUUGCAACGGAAACACCCAAAUCCAUCCAGGGGUGUCCAAGGCAUCUACUGACGUUGGUGAGUGACGAGACAAGUCCCUCUGUCUCUCCUCUUGUUCCUCGUUCCUUCUCUUCUCCACGUGAGGUACUGCGGUACAUGAUACCAAGCUACUUACCUACCUAGGUAGGUGAGCAUGUAGGCA